AUCGAUCGCCAUAUCUAAUGCUCUGUUGGAGCAUUCCUGCCGCCGCCUCCUCCACUUGUGCUGGCCACUGCAUAACACAGGUUGAAAUUAUGGGGUUUUAAUUAGUUUCUGUCAGUCUUCCCCUUCCCUUCCAGUGAAUGAAUUGAGAAUUGAUUCGAUGAGUGAAGAAUGAAAUUUCAUUACCAAUUUGGCAAAAUUCAUUGAUCAAUUCCAUCUUAGCGUCCAAGGACAAACAAAAGUGCCCAACUUCUUCGUUAUUUCCUUGAAGCUGAUACUUGUUCAGGAGAGAACGAGGAAUAGUCUCUAUUAUUUGCAGUCUCUCCCUAGCAUCAGGAGAGAACGACAUGGCUUUGUAAUUUACUCCCUACUAUUCCAGAUUUUUCAGAUAGAAUUAGAGUAUAUAAAGGUGAAAAACUAUAAAAGAACAGAAAAAAGGAAGGAGUAGAUGGAUUUAGCAGACAAGGCCGUGGGGCUGCUGUUAUCGGGAAUCAGCUUGUCAGUUUUCACUUACUAUACAUUCUGGGUGAUCAUACUGCCGUUCGUUGAUACUGAUCAUUUUGUGCACAAGUACUUUUUGCCUCAAGAAUAUGCCAUUCUGAUUCCGGUGUUUGCUCUUGUGGCGCUGCUUUGCUUCCUCUGCAUGUUUGUUGGAUAUGUGAUGCUCAAAUCCAAAAAGAAGAAGGCAUAAUGCAAGAUCUAUAGUGUGUGCUGCAACUACCAUUUUUUUGUCACAUACAGAUAGUUUUAUUGCUGGGUUUCUCUUUUACUUGUAAAUGGAGGAUUUAGAUGAUUGCACUCAGUUCCUGUUAAUUUGGUGAAACCUGAAACUGGUAAUUGUCUUAGAAAAAAAGCUGACAAAUUGCUGAUAAAGAUUAUCUUCAGAUAUUGUUAGCCUGCUCUUGUAAGAGAGCAGUUGGUAUCAUUUUGUUUUGCAAGAUCUAGCAUUUAUCUUUUAGUUGUGGAAAAACAAUGCCAUAAUUUUGCUUAUGUA